GGCGGCGGCGGCGGUCGGGGUGGGCUCGGUCCUGGCGCGGUGCAGCUCUGCGGCGCGGGCCCCACUCUCUCGCUCCCUGCUCUGGCCUCGAGCACGGCGAGCCUGAGCGCGGCGGCGGCCCACGCGCGGCGACGGGGAGAGAUGAGCAGCAACAGCGCUAAGAGAGCACCCACAACAGCGACGCAGCGCCUGAAGCAGGACUACCUCCGGAUUAAGAAAGACCCUGUGCCUUACAUCUGUGCCGAGCCCCUCCCUUCCAACAUCCUUGAGUGGCACUAUGUGGUCCGAGGCCCUGAGAUGACUCCCUACGAAGGUGGCUAUUAUCAUGGAAAACUAAUUUUUCCCAGAGAAUUUCCUUUUAAGCCUCCUAGUAUUUACAUGAUAACUCCUAAUGGAAGAUUUAAGUGCAACACGAGGCUGUGUCUUUCCAUCACGGAUUUCCACCCAGACACGUGGAACCCGGCCUGGUCCGUCUCCACCAUCCUGACGGGGCUCCUGAGCUUCAUGGUGGAGAAGGGCCCCACCCUGGGCAGCAUUGAGACUUCGGACUUCACAAAAAGACAACUGGCUGCACAAAGUUUAGUGUUUAAUUUAAAAGACAAAGUGUUCUGUGAAUUGUUUCCCGAAGUCGUGGAGGAAAUUAAGCAAAAACAGAGAGCACAAGACGAACUCAGUAGCAGACCCCAGGCUCUCCCCUUACCAGACGUGGUUCCAGACGGGGAGACGCACCACGGCCAGAACGGGCUUCCGCUCCUCAACGGGCACGCGCCGGGCGCUGGGCCGCACCUCGCGGGGCUCCAGCAGGCCAACCGGCACCACGGACUCCUGGGCGGUGCCCUGGCGAACUUGUUUGUUAUAGUUGGGUUUGCAGCCUUCGCCUACACGGUCAAGUACGUGCUGAGAAGCAUAGCGCAGGAGUGAGCCGCCGCCACGACCAGCAGAGGUGGUCGGAAACGAGGGACGCUGGGCCCGAGCUCGACGUGGGCUGGCUGGACGUGCCGCCGAGCACUGGGCGGGCCUGCCUGACUCCUGGGGUUAGCUUUUUAAAAACCUUCAAAAGGAAAACACAAACCAAAGUGUGUAGUUGGAUUUGGAGACGUGAGACUCCCAGCCCCCAUUCUGCCCUGGCGUCCGUUGGGGGCUGGGAGGCUCCAUGUCCACGAGAGGGCCUCACGCUUUGGUUUUAUAGCUUAUCUCCUGUAUUGUCUUUUGGAUCUAUUUUAGUAAUCUGUUUUUCAUUUUAUUAGAUUUGGUCACUUAAAAAUAUAAAACUUGAUGCCUAUCCAACACUCUGCGUGCGUUCUUAGUGUGGAGCUCUGACUCGGCAGGCAGUGCCGGGGGCCUGGCAGGGUGGCUGGGGGCCUGGCAGGGUGGCCCGGGGCCCGCUGGCCGGGGACAGCCAUGGGUGGGUCAGGGGAUUGGGCUUUGGCAUUUGUGUUUACUUAGAAUGAAGCAGGUUCCUCCUGGGGAAAAGCACGUGUGCUCUGUUUUGCUGAAGUUGAGAAUCUGCUUCCUUUCUGACCACAGGCUGUCACCGGGGCUGAGCUGUGCGUCCUGCGUGGUCGCGCUGCCGGCUUUCUCUCACCCCCAUGGCUUCCUGCGGGCUCCCACUGGCUGCGCUAAUGGAAGGAGGAGACCCCCCCAGCGGGCCCCUGGGUCCCACCCGCCGGACAGGCUCUGCACACGUGGGGCUUCCCGCACACGUGGUCCAGCUCUUUGGUUUGCCCUGGAGACAGGCUCACACAUUCCCUUUCACAGCGGAUCCGUGGCCAGUUCUUAGAGGCUGGCCGCCCGGGAAGGACACCCGGGUUCAGGGGCAGCGCCGGUGGGCGCCGUCUCAGGCCUGGGGCCUGCGCCUCCUGCAUCGCCGACGUCUCCCUGUUCUCGUCUCUGCUAAUGACAUCCUGCACGGUGUUUGGAAGGCGCCGUGUGCGGGCGCCGCCGCGCGACACCCUGUGGCCUCGCUCCGGAGGCCGGCGGGGAGGCCGCGUGCAGCCCGGCGCUGGCGCCUCUUUCACGUUCUUUGUUUUUUGAUCAAUCUAUUUAAAAUUGCUCUUUGAUUUGCUGCUUGUGUGUAUGCAACCCGCUCUUGUGAAAAAGAGUCUUUCAUUUUGUCUUUGUUCCUAAAUUUUGUGCUCUUGGGGUCUGUAUACCACAAGUUCCUCUCCACCCAGCACUGGGUAGCCCGUGGGCAGCUGGGUGUCCUGCGACCCACGGUGGACCCCGGUGGCGGGGUGGUGCUGUGCUGCUGGGCCCGGACCCCGACGGGUGCGGCUUUGCCAGGCCUCCCUCCGUCCACUGCUGGCCCGAGGGUGCGUCUGUGGAGGUUGGUGCCCCUUCCAGACGCACCGCGUUUCCUGAGGUUCUUCGGAGGAGGAACAUUUGGGAAAUAGAAAUUACUUGACAAGUGUUUUUUCUUUUGUGUGUGUGAAAUCUCAACUUUUAAAAACUUCAGUCAGCGGUGGGAGCAGAUCUGUGCUGUACAGAGGCUCCCCCUGGCACCCGUGGCGGCUUGCUGUCUGAUGUGACCCCCGAAUAAAAGAUGACCUUGUCCUGUU